AACAAAUAUUUGAGUGUGUGAAUCCGACGUCCACAUUUUGGCGCCGCCUGUGGGGAUCAGAAGAUUCUUGAGUUGUCAGAUUUUCAUCACUACAUUUCCGAAAUAAGCAGCAAUGUCUGGAGCAAGCAUCCCUGACUCGUCAGUAGCUGAGACUCUCAAGGCCAUGCAGCAAACCAUGUCAGAAAUGUCACAGAAGUUCUCGGAUGUGGAAAAAGCUGUGGACACACUUGAAACAACCCAGGUAUCUCUUGGCCAAAGCGUCAAUACUAUUCAAUCUCGUGUUCGUUCUCUAGGUGCAGGAAAUACUGUGGGAGUCCGAAGGAGUAUGUUCAAUACGCCAAACUCCCGUGCGCGAAAUGAAACCAACGAACAAACAACUCCUAACCCAGCAAUUCAACCGGUGGAAGGAGAGACGCAGCUCGGAGAUGAAGAUCAGCUUGUAGAUCAGUAUGAUCAAGAAAGCUUCGAACAGCUCGAAACCAUGAAAAAGGUUAGCCAGGAACUAAGGGAAAUGAAAUCAAAGUUCCACCAGGCCACUAGUUCGGAGCCAGACAUCAACCGAGUCAUUGAGGAAGCUAGGCGAACACCUUUCAUCCCGCGAAUUGCAAACUUGAGAAUCAAGGAUUCUCGGAAACUCAAACUGGACCCUUAUAGUGGACUGGAAGACCCAAAGAGCUAUCUCGCAGCUUUUCUGAUUGCCGCCGGAAGAGUCGAAUUGGAUGAGGCUGACGAGGAUGCAGGAUACUGCAAACUCUUUUCGGAAAAUCUUUGCGGUCAAGCACUAAUAUGGUUCACCCAGCUGGAACCAGGCUCAAUCAAUAACUUCGACGAGUUGUCGGCUGUGUUCCUGAAACAAUAUUCUAUCCUUAUGGAUAAAAGCGUUUUGGAUGCUGACCUUUGGAAUCUAACACAAGGGCCGAAUGAGUCACUUAGAGCUUUCAUCACCAAAUUCAAGGGAGUGCUAUCCAAACUCCCGAGAAUUUCGCAGCAGUCAGCUCUAUCUGCCCUACGAAAAGGUUUGUGGCAUGAUUCAAGGUUCAAAGAGGAUCUAAUACUUCACAAACCGGACACGAUUCAAGAUGCACUUUUCCGUGCAAACAAUUGGAUGGAAGUAGAAGACGAAAAAGAGAGUUUUGCGAAAAGGAACAAACAAGUGAAACCAGCGGUCACCUUCCCUACCAAAAAGUUUGAGCCUAGGGAGAACCAAGGACCAAAAAAGUUUGGAUCACAACCUCUCAACAAUACCGUCGGGAAGCAAUUUCAAGGAAAGGGAAGGUCGAACACUUGGGUCCGUGACGAAAGUUUGUAUUGUGACAUCCAUAAGGUAACCGGACACUUAACCAAAGACUGUAGUGUCCUCAAAAAGCAUCUCGCAGAACUAUGGGCCAGUGGAGAUCUCUCUAAAUUCAAGAUAGAAGACUUCGUGAAGGAAUAUCACGAAGCAAAGGAUAACUCUAAAGAUCAGAGCUCAAAAAGACCAAGGUUGUCCAAUGAAGAAGAACCUAGGAGUUCAAAAGGAAAAAUCAAUGUAAUCCUUGGAGGUUCCAAACUUUGCCGAGAUACAGUCAGUGCCAUAAAGAAGCAUAGGCGGAAUGUUUUACUUAAAGCAAGUUUGGGCGAAGAGGCUGACUUUCAAGGCGCGUCAAUAUCAUUCGACGAAGAAGAAACACGUCACCUCGAAAGACCUCAUGAUGACGCCCUAGUAAUUACCCUAGACCUCAAGAAGCUUCACGAACGUGUUAUCUGACCAGUCAUCGACUGAAGAUCCAAUAGCAAUUAACGAAACCUGCGAAGAAGGGAAUAAUUCCAAGAUUUCCUA